AUCACACCACAGGCUAUGGUUAGCAAGAACAUGAGGAUGCUUUCCUGUCUACCUUUCUACAUUAAUAAUGCUAAAGAAACGAUUUCAUCAGAUCAAGCCAAGGAAAAGUGCUUCUGCAAUUUUCAUUUCCUGAAAGCCAAAAUUUCCGCCUUUCCGCUGACAGCUCUACAAGAGGACCUCGCUGAUUUUGUAGAUAGAACAGAGGAUACAGAGGUCCAGAAACUCAGAUACUUCUUUUCUGUAUGCAAAACAGAGGACCUUGGUAAUGCAGAAAAAUUUGCUGUCGGUCUGCUUGCCAAAAUUCCAAUAACAGAAGGGGAAAACAACUUAGAAAGAUUGUUGAAUACGGCUUUAGAAUACUUACAAUCUCAAAAUAAAACUUUGCUGAUUCCGAAAUAUGCCUGUAUGGCUCCUGGCACCAACUCUUCAAGUGCCAUGAAGGAUUCCAUCCAGGGUGCUGAAAAGGUCCUGUCGGUUGGUGGAGAGUCUGUCUUGUUGCGAUUAUGCGGGAAAGAAACGGACGAGGAGAGCGGAGAUCUGCAUGCAGUAUACAAUACCGUCACCGAAGAACAACAACAGGUCAGUCUACCUGAUACCUACAUGAAUGGACUGCUACCAAGGCUUGAUCGAGCCAGUAAGAAAAUAUUUUAUCUCAACAAGAGAACGAUCAACACAAUUAGCCUCUUCAAGAAAGUUACUAUCAGCAAGAACUUGUCUGAGGUGUGUCCGGAAGUGUCUGCAGAUAUCAGUCCUGUUAUGUGGGCCUUUGACACGGAUUCCUCGUACGUGGCUCUACUGUUUGAUGAUAGUAAUGUCCUGGUGAUCGACCUCAGUUCCAUGAAGUUAGUGAGACUGAUGACUUUGUCCGAGGACGCAGAUGAUGUUGGCGAAUUGAUGUGUACCGGCUGGGACAGUCCCGCUGUCAUUGUCACAGGAAAAUGCGGAGACGAAGAUGAAAACAAAAUUACUAAAGGAUUUGUACAAUUUUUCCAGCCUUUGGACGAAAACAAGGAUGCACGUAUUGAAAUACCAGCGUCGUUCUCAAGUGGGCUAGUGCGCUUGGGAUCAUCAGAGGACUUUCUAGUUGGACUGUGCAACACUGAAACAUCAUGUACGCUAGUGGCUAUUGAGCUGGAAGAGCUCGACAAAAUUAGUCAGAUGCCUUUACCUGAUGUCAUGAUUCAAAUGUCCGUUGCUAGGAAACGGCGACUUGCUGCGGUCCUAUCUAAACAGGGCGUGGUCAGCCUAGUGAACUGGAAAGAAGGGACGGUCCUUAAUGAUCUGUCUACUAAUAACCCUGUGUCCUGUCUGUACGUCAACUGGUCACAUCGAUUAGCUAUGCUGGGGGACUCCCAGGGUCAGAUUGUGUUAUACAACACACGCACAAACAAUCACUGCGGUACAUUCCCGGCUCACGAAAGCAGCAUGCAGCGAUUAGUGGGUGCAGAUGAUUAUGUCAUUUCCCUUGGAAUCAAUAAAGACAUGAAGAUCUGGUCCAUAUCAGCCCUUACACAGAAUAUCACACAACCCCAAACCAAGAGCAGUGAAACAAACUCUGUUGGUCUCUUGGGCCAGACGCAAGUUGCCAGUUUUGAUAUCACCCUGGACAGUCUGCAGCUUGUGACUGCUUCACGGGACAAUAUGGUCAGUCUUUGGUCACUUUCUGACAUAUCGUUGACUCUAAAUUUUGAUAUCGGCAUUAUAGGGGACAAGAUUAAGGUGAUAUCCAAAGAAAGCUGCGUGGCUCUAGAUAGAACUGCUAGAAAAAUCAAAAUAUUCCAGUUAGAAAAUGGUGAAAGUGCCGUUGAAUGUGAUCUUCCCAAAGGUGCAUUGGAUUUCACUGUUAGCAAAGACCGUUCACUCAUGUGUAUCAUCUGUAAGAAAGAGAAGGGACUCAUGGUUGACGUCAUGGACCUUACAGUUGGACAGUCAAAGAAAACCUUUUAUCUAAAAGGUGUUCCUGAAUAUGAAAGUAUUGACAUUAGCCUUAGUGCAAACAGUAGAUUUAUCUUGUUACGCACCAAAGUGACGGAGACGGAUUUUAAAGAGAUAGAAGCAUCCUGGAAGAAGCAAGGGUCGUUCUUUCCACAGCCCCACCCCUACCGUUUCAGUGCAGCUGACCUUACUCAGGCAACGGGAGGACUGAUGCACUGCUUGAGGAUUAUGUCCAAGAUACCUCACCUUGGAGAGGUCAUCAUCCCAUUCCAUGGAAAUGUUAUGUUGAUUACCACCAGGCGUUGGGUUUUGCACUGGGACAUUCCAACGGGCAAGUGUGACCAAAAAGUGAGCAAAGUGGAAAAGAAGGGGAUGAUGUACCGGCCAGACUGGCUAGGUCAGGCGUGCAAAGGCACUACUCUGGCCAUUACUCAAAGUAGUAAUGGGAAGUAUACUGCACUUGGAUCAGAGGACGGCUACGUGUUUGUCUAUAACACUGACUCGGGCUUACCUGUACAGAAUAUAGUUCCAUCAUCUAAACACUCUGCAACGGUGAUAUUGGCAGUAUUUUCACCAGACAGUAAGUGGGUGGCCACUGCAUGUCGUAACAACACAAUCAAGAUUUGGGAAGCCUCCACAGGGAAGGAAGUGUUUAACACAAGGGCCAGCUUCGAGAUAGUGAACAUGUGUUUUUCUGCCAACUCACAGACCCUGGUGGUGUCCAUUGGAUCCCAGGUCACUAGGAUACUGGUCUAUACAUUCCACACAGGUUGUUAGUCGAUACCAUGAACACUUGCAAGCUUUGU